AUGAACAUGGACACACUUCCCUUCGCAAGCGACGUUGAGCUUGAGCGGCUGCGCAAUUCCCUCGUCAACCCGCCCAACUCAUCCUCCUUGACCAACCGGUUUCACCGGCGAGUUCGCCGGGCGCACAAUUACCACACGACGCAAAAUCUACACAUCAACCGUCUCAUCCAGGUGGCCGAAGACCCCACAGCAGCGCGACUGUUAGACGGCGAACCAGACACCUCGGCCUUUCACGUAAAAGCCGCUGUUUACGCCUCCAUCUAUGGCACCAUCCUCGUCGCCGCGCUGCAAAUCUACGCGGCCGUCACGACUCGCUCCCUAUCACUCUUUGUCACAAUGGCAGAGAGCUGCUGCGAGGCCUUCAGUAACAUCGGCCUUAACUACCUGCAUAAAAAGUCCAAACAGCUGAACGACUCAACCCGUUGGCCCGCGGGCGCAGGGCGCCUCUGCAACGCCGGUAAUAUCUGCUUCGCUUUCGCCUUGAUGGCUGUCUCGCUGGUCCUGGUCGUCGAGUCGAUCCGCGCUCUCGCGAGCGACAACCACGAGCUCGGAAAGUUCGAGAUCGCCGCCAUCGUCGCUGCGGCCUCUGGCUUUGGCAUCAAGCUCUUCCUCGCUAUCUACUGCUUCAUAUUCCGCAAGCACAGCAGCCAGCUGCAGAUGCUGUGGGAGGACAACCGCAACGACUGCUUCGAGUACGGCUUUGCCAUCUUCACCUCUGCCGCGGGCGCAAAGCUACAAUGGUGGGUUGACCCGGCCGGCGCCAUGCUCAUUGCCUGCGUUAUUAUUGUCACCUGGAUUGGCACGGUCCGAUCCGAGUUUCUCGAACUCUGUGGCUUGGGAGCCUCGCCUAGCCUUGUGCAAGAAAUUGUGUUUCUGACGCUUCGCCAUUCCGAUCUGAUUCUGAAAGUCGAUACUGUUCAUGCGUAUCACUGGGGGGAGGAAUUCUUCGUCGAGGUGGACAUUGUCAUGGCGCCUGAGCGCAGCCUUCGCGAAGUCCAUGAUGUCGCGCAAGAACUACAAGACAAGCUUGAGACGGUCGAAGGGUUCGCCCGAGCUUUUGUGCACAUUGAUUACGAAACAUCACAUACGCCCGAGCAUCGCAAGACCCGCUAA